AAGUCUAUGGUCUAUGGUGUAUAAAAAAGGUUGAAAAAAGAAUAGACUAAUUAUUCGCUGAUUGUAAAUAGCAUGUUUAUAUAACUUUGAAAAGAUGGAUACAAGGUCUCCUCUAGAGGGCAUAUUUAAUAUUAUUGGUGGAGGAUUACCCCAAGGCCAUGAUAAGCUUUUGAAACAAGCAGUUUAUAAUGCUGUAGCAUUGCUGCUGGUGUCUUCGUGUUGUGCUGCAGGAUGGGCUCUCUUUGUUAUAUUAGAACCCUUUACGAAGCCUUUGAUGUGGGCAGUUCUUGUAGGAUCUGUGCUUCAUCCUUUGAAAAGAUCGCUAAGGGAUAGGUUCCAAGAUUGGUUUGAAACAUUGGAAUCAACAAAUACUCCUGUUGUGCUUGGCAUAUUUUUACUCCCCAUGAACAUUGUCAAUAAUAUUUCUGAGUUUAUUGGUGAUACUUUAAUGAGACAUAUAAAAGUUAUUACAUCUUUAUCAUGUGUUAUGGUAUUUGCACCAGUUAUAUAUUUUUUCACACCAUCACUGCUCAUAAGGUUGUUCUGGAACUUGCUAUGGUGUUUAGAUCUUCUGUUGGUAUGUGUGCUGAAUAUAACUUCAUUUUCAUAUGACAAUGCGGAUAAACCAGAUGUGUCUGAUCUAGAAAAAGACGAAACAUGUCACAUUCAAUAUAAGGAGGAAAAAAGUGAUCCAUUGACCCUUGAACUCUUCGAGAGCCCUUCGAAAAAACAUGAUGUAUUAACAAGAACAAAUUCUGAAAUCAGUAAUAAAAGAUUGGAAUCUUUAGGACAAGAAAAACACUCUGCUAAUUUUGAGCAGCCUAGGGUAGACAAAACCAGAGAUUCAAAGAAGAGCUCAAAAUUUCAUAGAUCGUCCUCAGAAUCCUACGUUAAUCCUAGCAAUAGGAUCAAAACUGGUUUUCUGCAGUUUGGAAUAAGCUCAUGCAGAAGAAAGUGGGUAAAACACAUCGAAGAGGAGAAAAAUGACAGUACAUUUUAUUUGUAUACUUUGAUGUGGGCUUGUGCCGCAAUGUUAUUCUGGAAAAAUGUUGUACUACUUCCUCUAUUACCUUUGCCAAUAUUGCUUUAUGUUGUCAAACAUAUUGGAUCCUAUUUACGUAUCUGGCAGUGUAUCAAUACCAAUUUUUGGUUGAUGGAAACAGCAGUAUUGCUAUGGUUUCGUGAAAGGCAUGAUGCACUUGUGCCAAUUCCCAUAAGGGGUCUUAACAAGAUAAUUCACAAAAUCAACACCUCCAUUAAGAAUGCUAUAAGGAACAGUAUCGACACUGUUUCGAGCUGCGUUGUUAUAUUGGGCCUUAUUGUUUUUCUUUUUUGUGCUUCAGUUUUCAUUAUCAUUCAGAUUUAUGCUGAAGCUAUAAUGCUUGUCCAAAUCACCAGUAAUAUUAUAAAUCAAACUGUAGUACAUAAUCCUGAAUUGAGACAAUUGUUACCAGAUACUUUUGAUGAAACAGUGGACUCCAUUCUCGACAAUGCUUAUUUGUAUGGAAGAGAGGGAAUAUCGAAAGCGGUUAGGAGUUUAAUGAAUGAUGUUAACACUUCUAAAUCGGAAAAAAUUGAGAAACAAAUACUUGAGCUCUGGGAUCGAGUUUAUCAAUCUUGGAUGACAUCAAACUCUCCAAAUGGACCAUCAGUGACGCAAGAAGCUGUUUUAUCAUCUUGGGAGGCUUUUGUUGCUGAUAUUAAGAAAUCUCCAGAAAUGUUCAACAUAAGUGGCCUUAUCGAAUUUGGAAAACAAAAUAUUGGAACUUUGUUGUCCCUUUUGGAUUCAGUGUGGUCUCUUGUGAAAGGCAAUUUCAAUUUAGUGUUAGGAUCUAUGAGCGCUGUUCUGUCUGUGAUAUUAGGAGGUGGUACUGCAGUAAUGAAUUUUAUUUUGAAUAUGAUUGUAUUCCUUACUACGCUAUUCUACCUGUUGAACAGUAGUGGAGUAUUGUACAAGCCGGUGGAGAUUAUGACAAAUUUUUCACCCAGUGGUAAUCGUCUUGGACUAGCUCUUGAGAGCGCGAUUAAUGGAGUUUUUGCUGCUUCUUUUAAAAUGGCUGCAUUCUAUGGACUCUGGACUUGGUUCAUACACAAUCUUUUUGGUGUACGAAUUGUUUACAUUCCUUCAGCAUUUGCUACUAUUCUUGGAGCAGUACCCUUUCUCGGAACAUAUUGGGCAGGUGUUCCAGCAGUACUAGAUUUAUGGUUAGCUCAGGAAAGAGGCCUAGCUGCCUUCAUUUUCGCACUAUUCCAAUUUUUGCCAACCUCGAUAGUGGAUACUACUAUAUACAAAGAAAUUAAGGGAGGACAUCCCUAUUUAACUGGACUGGCAAUUGCUGGUGGAGUAUUCUGCUUGGGUGUGGAAGGUGCAAUUAUUGGACCGAUUUUGCUAUGUGGUCUUUAUGUUGCUAUGGAUCUCUCUACGAAUAUUUUUAGGGAAUCUCCAUCUGAAGAAACAUUGAAUGUACAUUUGUCUCAAAUUCGAAAAUGAAAAUGUAAUAUUGAUAUUCAUUACCUAGUUGCUUCAUCAAUAUGGUGCUAUUGUUUUUUCAAUCAAUCGACAUUUUUGAAGUAUCCAUGGUCUUUCUUCGAUAACUUUUUUUAUAUGAACCCAUUAAGACUCUUAAUAGGUAAUGCGUAUUUCUAUAGUGAUGAGGUUUUUCAGUUUUUGAGGGUGCAUUCGCUAUGUGAUAGCAAUGGAGCUCAAAAAUAUGAUAUAUGACAUCUCUUCUAGUCUACUAUACUAAUUUACACUUUUAAGUGUAACUUAAACACAAUAAUUUCAUUCAUCAAUGUUUAUCGUUACAUUGGAUGAUAACAUUUAUUAAAUAAAAUAUUAUCGAAUCA